AUGCUGAAGUCGGAUGAAUACGGUUUAUCGACGGUGUCUGGUCCUGGGACCCACGAUCUGACCAGUAACUGCUGGCGCGCGAUUGCCUUUUCCUGGUCUACCCUUUGUCUUAAUCCCUGUUUAAAUCCUGGUAGACAUCUCUACUGCUUGACAAUUUGGUUAAUGGGUAUGAGAAUUGUAUGUUAAUCACACCAGGUAGAAAUAAUGGCUUGAACGUGCAGAACAGGGUGUAUCAACCCCAAAACCUGAUCUUCACCCUCUGGAAGAGAUGAUCAGCGUAAUAUCGCAAAAUCUACAGUAUCCGACGUGGUCAGACGGUAUGUAGAACUUGGAUAUGAUGGUGACAGACCUAGAAGUGGCCGUCCAGCAACUGUAAACACACGCGCCAACAGACAGUGGAUCAAGAAGAGGUUCAUGCGUAACCCAAGGACUCCAGUACGUCAAAUGGCACGAGAGACCGGACUGAAAGAAACUUCACUUCGCCGUAUAGUCAGAAAGAACUUGAAGAUGAAGCCGUACAAACUCAAAAAAGUUCAGAAACUUACUGAUGAAAACAAAAAAGUGCGGUUUGAAAGAAGCAAAAAUCUGAUACACUGGGACUGGGCCGCUAACGGGGCAAGACCCCUUUGA